AUGGCCUGGCGCAGCUCCGGCGCCACCAACGCCGAGCUAGUCGAGAACCUCUGGCGCAACAAGCUCAUCACGCAACCGCUCGUCAAAUCCGCCUUCCUCAAAGUCGAUCGUGCCCAUUAUGCCCCCUCGAUGGCCUACGAAGAUAGCCCCCAGCCCAUCGGCCACCACGCCACCAUCUCCGCUCCCCACAUGCACGCCCACGCCGUCGAAACCCUGCUCCCCUUCCUCCUGCCGAACCCCGACAACGGCCACCAGUCUACCGCUGAUAGCGCGGCGAGCGUAAUCGGCCAAGCCGGCCGGCCGAGAAGGGUCCUCGAUAUCGGCAGCGGAAGCGGGUAUCUGACACACGUGCUCGCGGAACUAGCAGGAGAGACGGGCGUCGUAGUCGGUUUGGAACAUAUCCCCGCGCUGAGAGAUCUCGGCGAGCGCAACGUGGGCAAAUCCGCCGAGGGCAGAGCGCUGCUAGCGUCUGGGCGCGUGCGCUUCCGCGUGGGCGACGGGCGCAAGGGGUGGGAGGAGCCGAGUCCCGGGGAUGCGCAGCCGGGUGUCGGGGGUGCGGCUGCUCCAGACGUAGCAAGGGAACACGAGAGGAAAGACGAGGCGGGAGGCUGGGACGCGAUACAUGUAGGUGCGGCGGCGGCGGUGCUGCACGAGGACCUGGUGAGACAGCUGCGCUGCCCGGGGCGCAUGUUCAUACCUGUCGCGGCGGAGAGCAGCUCCGAGCAGUAUAUCUGGACCGUGGAUAAGGACGAGCAUGGGGGUGUUAAGAAGAAGAAGCUGUUUGGGGUUAGGUAUGUACCGCUUACGGAUGCGCCGAAGUGA